AUGCAAAUCGAUCCCGCGGCUCUGAGUCGCCCAGACUCAUCUAAUGCGACCAAGACCACCACGACAACUUCAUCCACGACGGUGAAGUCAUCACGAAGUCUCCCCUCGGUGCCGCGCCUUGACCUGGAACCGGCUUACACUGAACUAAAGGCCGCCAUCGGCGACAAGUGGGCGGAAUACAAGGAUGCUACAGCCUCCUUCUUACUAGGACACUGCAACCAACACGAGUACGCGUCGCGAGUCGAUUACUUCCUGUGUGCCGACACAAAGAUCGAACACCUACAUAAUAAUUUCAUAUGCGCGAUCUUUGCCAAUCUCACACGCGACCUCCCCGACCAUGGCGUCGCAAACUGGGUCUCGGCGAACGAUAAGCCGUCCUUGGUGUCCAAGCCGGUGUCGGGAGAUGCGGCCGAGCAGAGAUUGAAGACGGAGGUGAUGCAGCUGCCGCCGCGGGAUCGGCGCAGAAUCAAGGCCAUUCCUGAGCGAGACCCCAACGACGUACCUGCGACGGAGUUGGAAAUCUACCACCAGGCGAAACAGAUCAAGCUCCCCAGUCAGGUUCCUGCGAGUGCUGGGGGUUUGAACAAAACGAAUUGGGAGCUAGAGGUUCGCAAACGAUAUGCGCAACCGCUGGCUGCGGACACGGGCGAAUUUCCCGAUGCCGAGUCGAUCUUCGCUCGAAUGGUCCCAAUGUGCUACGAAGAGUCCCUGCCAGGUGGCGCCAGUCUACCAUGUGCAGAAUUCAUGGCGAUCGCCACGGAGACCUUCGUCAAGGACGUCUUGUCUGCGGUGUUCUCGCGCACGCGCUGCAAUGGCCCCUCGGGAACCAUUAACGGUAUGAUGAAGCGCAAUUACCGGCAGCAACUAGAGCGUGAAGAACUCGCAUUCACGCGAGGUGAGAUCGCCAAAGACACGGCGACCGGUCUACUCCCAGUUGAGGCGAAAGAAGCCGCGACACGUCGCUCGCUUGGUGUCAGAGAUCUCCGGCUCACACUUGAGCUCAGCCGCGGCGUCCUCGGUCAUAUGCCCCUCGUGAUCAACCAGGUCAUGGGUGGGUACUUCGAAGACGAGCUCGAUACGAGCAAACAAGAUCGUCUUGGAAACGGCGCCAGUGCCUCUCACGAGCCCAAGCCUGAGAAGCCCGAUGACGACGAAAUGGACCUGGACGACGACGAAGAUGACGAACUUUCCGACUGGGAAGGAGGCGCUGCUUGGGACCGCGAGCAAUUGGGUAGCUUGCUCGACGAUUGUUUGUCCAUGGCUGCUUGA